UAGGCCCCUGAGGCGCCGGCGCGAUGUUCGUGCAGGAGGAGAAGAUCUUCGCGGGCAAGGUGCUGCGGCUGCACAUCUGCGCGGCCGACGGCGCCGAGUGGCUGGAGGAGGCGACCGAGGACACCUCGGUGGAGAAGCUCAAGGAGCGCUGCCUCAAGCACGUCAGGAAGCAUUGUGCUUUCAUGAUCGAGCCCCCUUCUGGACCACGCCGGGUACGAGCUGACUUUUUCACACCAAGGCCAAGGGGGCUCCAGGUUCACAUGCUCAAGGAGCAGUGUGCACAUGGGAGCCUAGAAGACCCCAAAAAUGUAACGCAUCAUAAAUUAAUCCAUGCUGCUUCAGAGAGAGUGCUGAACGAUACCAAAACCAUCUUAGAAGAGAAUGUUCAGGAUAAAGAUGUCUUAUUACUGAUAAAAAAGCGGGCCCCAGCUCCACUUCCAAAGAUGGCUGAUGUCUCUGAGGAAGAACAGAAAAAACAAGAAGAGAAAGCCCCAGACAAAGAUGCUAUAUUCCAAGCGACAGCCAACCUGCCCUCCUACAACAUGGACCGGGAAGUGGUGCAGACCAACAUGCGAGACUUCCAGACAGAACUCCGGAAAAUUUUGGUAUCCCUCAUCGAGGUGGCACAGAAAUUGCUUGCACUGAACCCUGAUGCCGUUGAAUUAUUUAAGAAGGCGAACGCCAUGCUGGACGAGGACGAGGAGGAGCGAGUGGAUGAAACCGCCCUGCGGCAGCUGACAGAGAUGGGCUUUCCAGAGAGCAGAGCCGUGAAGGCCCUGCGGCUGAACCACAUGUCCGUGACGCAGGCCAUGGAGUGGCUUAUUGAGCACGCGGAAGACCCCACCAUAGACACACCUCUUCCGGGACAGGCCUCACCAGGCACCUCAGCGGCCGCCUCUGCCGAAGCGCCCGCUGAGACGAGUGAGGGAGACGAGGAGGCCAGAGAUGAGCUAACCGAGGUCUUCAAGAAGAUUCGAAGGAAAAGGGAAUUCCGGGCGGAUGGGCGGGCCGUCGUUUCCCUGAUGGAGAUGGGGUUCGACGAGAAGGAGGUGAUGGACGCCCUCCGAGUGAACAACAACCAGCAGAACGCUGCCUGUGAGUGGCUGCUGGGAGACCGGAAGCCCUCCCCCGAGGAGCUGGACAAGGGCAUCGACCCCAACAGCCCCCUCUUCCAAGCCAUCCUGGACAACCCUGUGGUGCAGCUGGGCCUCACGAACCCUAAGACACUGCUAGCUUUUGAAGACAUGCUCGAGAACCCGCUCAACAGCACGCAGUGGAUGAACGACCCCGAAACAGGGCCGGUCAUGCUGCAGAUCUCCAGGAUCUUCCAGACCCUGAACCGCACGUAGCGCCACCUCACUGCUCCCCGCUGCAGCGGCCGCCAGAGGAGGCUCAGCCGGCCGGGAGGUCCCGGUGGGCUCACUGGUAACAGAAGAGCUGAGGGUCCGAAGAGCCACGGGCUGCGGAGACCCUUCAGCUCCGCUGGGGGUGGUGGGGGAGAAGGGCCGGGUGGAGGGGCUGCUGGAAGCUACCCUCACAGCCUCGCCUGGACUGUUCGCGGUGGCGUUUGCUCCCACUUUUUAAUCUUCCUGCUUAAAAACCUUCUGUGAUGGUAGUUUGUAAGUCUGCGUUUUUAGCGUCUGACAGUGUUUACAAACAGUGACCGACGUGUCACUGGCAAGUUGAACGAUCACCCCUUUCCAAAGAGUGUUCCCUGUGGCCCUUGGAGUGAAUGCUGCUUGAAUCCUCAAUUAGGUGUUUGCAUUAGAGUCCACUUGUUUGAAAGAAGGCAUGUUUCAACCCAAAGUGUUCACAUCAGACAUACUAAUUGAAGCAGAGUAUUUCAUAGGCGAUUUUUCUUUAAUAAAC